CCCCGCCCCCUCGGCCUGCGCCGUGUCCUCCGAGCCGGCAGGGGGCGCUGCGAUCGAACCCGCCCCUUCCCGACGGCGCUUCCGGCCGCGCCUGCGCACGGGGAAGCGCCGCGACCUGCCCGGCUGAGCCCGGUGACCCCCAGGGCCGGACCCCCAGUGCCCGUGUCCCCCUUCCAGCCUCACUUGUGUCCCUUCCAGCCGUGUCCCCACGCGUUGUCCGUCCGUCCGUCCCUCCAGCUGCGCCCCACGCGUGCCCCCCGUGCCCUCGCCAUGUUCACCUGUGCAAAGUUCGUCUCAGCUCCUGCCCUCGUGCUGAGGAGCUCGAGGGUGCUGGGCCAGCCCCUCUCAUCUGCCGUGCUGAGCAGCCCCGAGGCCCGGCCAGAGCAGGUGCAGGUGGGAGCCCCCCGGACCCUGCGGACGAGCGCUGCCCACCGGGACAUCGACACGGCCGCCAAGUUCAUCGGGGCUGGCGCUGCCACCGUGGGCGUGGCCGGCUCAGGCGCCGGCAUCGGCACCGUGUUCGGGAGCCUCAUCAUCGGCUAUGCCAGGAACCCGUCGCUCAAGCAGCAGCUCUUCUCCUACGCCAUCCUGGGCUUCGCCCUGUCCGAGGCCAUGGGGCUCUUCUGCCUCAUGGUGGCCUUCCUCAUCCUCUUCGCCAUGUGACGGGACACAGGGGGGUGGCAGUGGUGGCGGUGACGCCCCUCUGUGCCGGGGGGCAGGGGGGAACCCGGCCCUGGGGGAAUAAA